UGGCGGAAUUUUCUCGAAAAUGCACGUUUAGUGAUCGAACUACCACGAGGUUUAUUCAUCACGUCAUCUUUUAGCAUUUUGCAGCAGAUUUUACGUGACGCUACGCGUGUUAGACGCAAUUUAAGGAAAAGCUUUCGUUUUUGCGCUGAAUCGCUGUUUCUAGAAAAUCUCAUCUUGUGAUUUGUGACUGUGAGAAACUUUUAUUAUACCGUUAUUUAUAAGACUGAAAAAUGGUGAAGGAGACCACAUAUUAUGAUAUACUGGGGGUCAAGCCCAACGCCAACAACGAUGACCUGAAGAAGGCUUACAGGAAAUUAGCUCUUAAAUACCACCCCGAUAAGAACCCAAAUGAAGGAGAACGGUUCAAGCAGAUCUCCCAGGCUUACGAAGUGCUGUCCAACCCGGACAAGAGAAGGAUCUAUGACCAAGGUGGCGAGCAAGCGCUCAAAGAGGGCGGCGGCGGCGGCAGUGGCUUCUCCUCCCCUAUGGACAUCUUCGACAUGUUCUUCGGAGGCGGCUUCAGCGGCGGCCGGCGGCGGGGGCGCGAGAGGAAGGGCAAAGACGUCAUCCAUCAGCUGUCGGUGACGCUGGAUGAGCUGUACAAGGGAGCGGUCAGGAAGCUGGCGCUCCAGAAGAAUGUUAUCUGUGAUAAGUGCGAGGGACGUGGUGGGAAGAAGGGUGCAGUCCAAACGUGCCCGACCUGCCGCGGCUCGGGCAUGGCGGUGCAGAUCCAGCAGCUCGCGCCGGGCAUGAUCCAGCAGAUCCAGAGCGUGUGCCCCACGUGCCGCGGACAGCGCGAGAUCAUUGAUGCCAAGGACCGGUGCAAGGUUUGCCAGGGCCGCAAGACAGUCCGAGACAGGAAGAUCCUAGAGGUGCAUGUAGACAAGGGCAUGACGGACGGACAGAAGAUUGUGUUCAGCGGAGAGGGCGACCAGGAGCCCGAGCUGGACCCCGGUGAUCUGAUCAUUGUGCUUGAUGAGAAGGAGCAUGAGACGUUCAAACGCUCCGGCAACGACCUCAUAGUGCGCAUGAACAUCGAGCUGGUGGAGGCUCUGUGCGGGUUCCAGAAGUCUCUUCGCACGCUCGACGACCGCGACAUCGUGGUCACGGUGAUGCCGGGCGAGGUCACCAAGCAUGGGGAUGUUAAGUGCGUCAUGAACGAAGGCAUGCCAAUGUACAAGAACCCGUUCGAGAAGGGGCUGCUGAUCCUGCAGUUCCUCGUGAACUUCCCGAGCCAGAUCCCGCCCGAGGCCGUGCCCGCGCUCGAGAACUGCCUGCCGCCGAGACCUAGGGUCGAGAUCCCCGAGCUAGCCGAAGAGUGCACCCUCAUGGAACUAGACCCCGAGCAGGAGUCUCGCCGGCGCCGCGCCGCCAACGGACCGGCCUAUGAGGAGGACGAGGACCACCCCGGCAUGAACCGCGUGCAGUGCGCCACUGGUUAGGGGGGCUGUGGGAAGCCGGAGAUCCACACAGAGUAGGAUAGGAGCUGGGAGGUUGGAAGGUAGCCCGGGUUUAGGUAGAUUGGGUCCGGUAAUUGUUUAUGCUUGUAUCCCAUUCCACGGUGAAAGGCAUCUGAUACAAACAAAAACUACCCUCAUUCGAAUGUAAUAAGGGCUCUGUCAGAUGUCUUUCCCUGUGGAAUGGGAUAUAGAAAAUUAACUGCAUAGUAAAUUGCAGAAAUUGUUAGAAAAACCGACAGAUUGCCACAAAAUAAAGUUGAAGUUGAACAUUGUGAUGAAUAUCAACAAUAUUAAAUAUAAUUUCGUACAUUAAGAAUUGAAAAUUCUUGUCUUAUCCUUUCUACCUGAAUUUGGGCUAAAGAAGUUGACGAGGUUACUAAGAGCUUCAACUGCAAGAUAAUGCUGGUUUCAUCAUUUAUAGGCGUAUAUUAUAAUUAGUAAAUUUUGUUUCUUCACCAUAAGCCUAUAAAGCAAUCAAAGGACCUUGAACCGAAUUCGAUACGAGAAAUUCUGCGCAAUAUACAUGCCUACGUACAUUAGUAGAUUGUAUACGUAUUAUUUUCCUAAGGUCUGCAUUAAAUUAGGCCUGGAUGUGUUCAUAAUGUUAUACUUAAAACGCAAUAGCCAUGUGGCCUUGAUAAGGAAAAAUAUAUGGACAUUUAGUGAUUGGUGUUGCUCUACAAUAUCAACUUACUACCCUAAAAUUAAUAAGGCAAGGUUUAAAAAAAUACUACUAACUGAUAAGCUUUCGCUUAUAUGCUGGGCUAUAUCAUUAUAUCAUUUUGAAUAUUUGCUAGAUUAGAAGGUUAAAUAGAUAGAAUGUAUGUUACAAAACCUUUUAAAAUAAUUAUGAUUUUUGUACACUUACGUAAUGAUUACGAACCUAGCAUACCUACACAAUACAACAUAAUAUACAAAAUAUUAUAAUACAAUUUGAAGUUGAUAAAAUAUGCUUAUGAUUAGACUAACUAUACUGUUUUACUCGGCAUAUUUGCUGAACAAAUUUUGGGUGUAUACUGUAUACAUUUUUGUUAUACUGUAUCCUUUUUUCUGUCAGUGAAACCUUCAGUUCUUCAAGGUCCUUUCCUUUCAUCCCUGUGUGUUGGUGUUGUUUCCAUACAUUAAAGAUCACUGUGAUUUUUGGAUGUAUAUUUAGUUAUUCUUAACGUUUGUAAGAUAUACACAUUAUGUAUUGGUUUAGAUGGUUGGGUAGUGUGACCGAUUUUGUUUGCUUUACGUUAUCGAAUUCGAUAAUAUACAUUGUAUUUAUGUAUUUAUAAUUAGGAUUUGAGACUCAAAUCGAAAAUGCAAUAGAGAAAAGUAUGGGCUAGCUAAUUUAAUUUUCAUUUAAAGUUAUAUCUACUAUUAAUAGUUAGCAGUGUACUAUGAUGUUUCUUACUAAUAAUUUAUUUUACACACGAAUAUUAGUUUUACAUAAUACAUGUGCUUGCAUAAUUGUGUAGAAAAUAACUUUCAGUUGAAAAUUAGUUUUAAAAGAAGCAUUUUAUUAGAUCUUAUAAUAUGUAUAGACCUAACAAUGUAAUGUUUAGUGUCUCGUCAUAACAGUUUUGAUUUGAUGCAAAUUCCAUUUGUAAUAAUAGUUAAAUAAUUUACACCCUAGAUUCUAAUUAAAUAAACUCUUUGUCUCAG